ACCGAGUGGCAAAGGCUCUUUUACUGUCUAUGCAAAGGCUUGACUGGAUUGCUAGCAACCUGGGUGUCCAAGUGAAGACAGACACGGCCUUGCAGUAUGGCUACGUCGAGGCAAAUAAAUAACGUUUCUUUGGGAAAUUAGGAUAUUCAGAAUUUACCGGUACACUACAGAAAACAGUUUGUUUCAGCAUGAUCAGCUUGUUAACACAGGCUAAUGACCGGCUGAAAAGUUAGCAUUGGCUAUUCAUGUUAGAUGGCUUUAACGUUCUGGGUUUUUAACGCCAGCAAACUGAACUGAACAAAUUGAAACGUUUUAAAACUUGGGUACAAACAUUGACAGCUAAUGUUUUGUACCGUCUUUGCGUUUGCCAAAUGCAGUUAACUCAUACCUGACAGACAGCUAGUCAGCUUAUCUAGUCAAUGUCUUUAACGUGAACUAUUACAGACGGGACUCUGGCUAAGCUCUAUAACUACUGCCAACUGGUAAGCAAACUAGUUAUAUUUUUUCAUGACGUUCGUCCAUGAAGUUCGUUUUGGUUGUCAUUCCCCUCCAAACCAUAUGCUAAAUUUAACUGCGAGGUUGCCUGUGCUUGCAACAAAAGUGGACAGCUGGACUGACCCCUAACGUAAGCGGAAUGGGGAGCAAAUUCCAAUGUAGAUUCAAUAAUGAAGCACUUCAGCUGAAUGAGCUGAUGUGUAAGGUUGACACUGACUGAAUUUAAAGUUGUUACUUCGUCCAUUAUGCUUUUGCGGCUGCCAUACUGCAGGGUUAAGAUGGUACAGUUGGAUAUAACUUGGGGAAAAAUACAGAAGUUAAUCCAGUUUUGUAGAUAUGACAAAAACCCUUAAUGAAUGGUAACCGUGGGCAGAUUUGUUCCAUAGAGUUCAUUGUAGUCAGAGAAAGCAACGAGUAGUGGCAGACGCACUAUCCAUUGGGUAUCAGCUGACAUCCGCUGGCGGCCAAGGAGACCAAGUCAUGGAUCAGCUCAAAGUCAAAGACCGAAUACUGGAAAAUAUCUCUUUGUCGGUAAAGAAGCUGCAGAGUUACUUUGCUGCUUGCGAAGAUGAAACUCCAGCCAUUCGUAACCACGACCGGGUUUUACAGCGCCUUUGUGAACACCUGGACCAUGCCUUGCUUUAUGGGCUUCAGGACAUCUCCUCAGGUUACUGGGUCCUUGUCCUGCACUUCACACGCAGAGAAGCGGUGCGGCAGAUAGACGAGCUUAAGCACAUAGCUACGAACCUUGGCCGCAGUCGUGCCUGGCUGUACCUGGCCCUCAGUGAGAGUUCAUUAGAAAGCUACCUCCGCCUUUUCCAAGAGAACCAGGCACUGUUGCAGAAAUAUUACUUCAAAAAUGCAUUGGUCUGCAGCCAUGACCACCUCACCCUUUUCGUUACAUUGGUGUCUGGGCUGGAGUUUAUCCGGUUUGACCUAGAGCUGGAUGUCCCUUACCUAGAUGUUGCCCCCUACAUGCCUGAGUACUAUAAACCACAGAAUCUUCUGGACUUUGAGGAGAGGUUACCUAGUUCGGACAGUUUGUCCCUUCACUCCUUCACUUCCCUCACCUCCACCAACCUGGAGUGGGACGACAGUGCCAUCGCCCCGUCCAGUGAAGAUUAUGAUUUCGGUGACAUCUUCCCUGUGUUGCAGUCAAUGCCAAAUGCAGACUGGGAAGAGGGAGACUUGACCGACCCAGUCAGCGCUCCGCACUCCAGCGUGUCCGACCCACAAACCGUGGUCAGCGACUCCGGGCUGGUUCGGUCCACUGGGGCACCACCGUCCAGAACCACCUCGCUCUCGCGCAGCCCUACCUUCCGGCACAACCCGUUCAACGAGGACUCGGACACCAACACCAACACCUCGGCCGACGUGACACCGGUGCACAGCAGGCAUGAGGCCACCACCGGAGAAGACACGGAGAGCACCAGCACCGAGCUGGAGGUGAUCCGAAUGGCCAGACGAAGGAAGCCAGCCAAGAAGCGACGUGGGAAGGACUCGACGGGCUCCGUGAGCAGCGUCCAGAGCAUGGCCACUACAGAGCUGGGGGAGGCUGAGGAGGGCCAUGAACUUGGGGCCAGGAGGGAGCAGGAGACGGACCCCCACACCGUAGACAGUUGGAGCGCCUCCGAAGGCCCAGACGGGCCAGCGCUGGACGCCACGCGGAGGAAGAGGAAGGAGGACGGCGGGGACGAGGAGGAUCCCGAGGAUCUGCUGAGACUCCCCGAGAUGACGGACACCUCCAUGGACCGUGUGGGCCAGCCGCUGUGUGACGUCAUGGACCGGCUGAACGGCACCCUGGACCGAGAGAGCUGGGAAAGAGCAGGCGAGGAGGAUGACGAGAGAGGGGCGGACGAAGAUGCGGUCGAAGGCGGCGGCAGGAGAGGCACCCGAACAGCACCACCUCCCCAGCCGCAGCCCUUUCGGGGCGACUCGGGCGGUGAGCCACCUGACCCUGUGGGCCAGUCUGGCCCUCUGGCCCCCAGCCCUGGGUUCCUGCAGGCCCCACCAGCCCCCGCCGACUUCUACUGCUUUACCCCUCACAGUCCGGACACUGCUGCCGCACGUCGUAGCCGCCAUGACCCUGCAGGGGAUGGCCAGCCGCCGGCUCUUCCUGGUGGCCAUGCGGAUGAGGGAGAGGCAGCGACAGAAGAACCAGCGCCGCAGCCACAGCACGCCCACAGCCUCGCCAUAGAGGACGCAGAGGGGGAGGGGGAGGGGGAGGAGAAGGGCCCUGAGGAGGCCCCCGUGGAUGCCCCUGUGCUGGAGAACGGAGCAUCUCCCGAUGGGGAGAGCGAGGAGCAGCCCAGUCCCACAGAGAACUCCCAUCCUGCAGAGUUCAGUGUGGACAACAAUCACCUGCUCCUGCUCAUGAUUCACGUCUUCAGAGAGAACGAGGAGCAACUCUUUAAGAUGGUGCGAAUGAGCACGGGGCACAUGGAGGGGGACCUGCAGCCCCUCUACCUGCUGCUGACAGACUGCUACAUCUAUCUGCUGCGCAAAGGGGCUGCAGAGAAGCCUUACAUGGUUGAAGAAGCCGUGUCAUACAAUGAGCUGGACUAUGUGUCUGUUGGCUUAGAUCAGCAGACCGUUACACUAGUGUGCACUAACAGGAGAAGACAGUUUCUGCUGGAUACGGCAGACUCAUCCUUGACUGUCUGGUUUCUGAACAUUUUGAGGUCGUCCAUGAUAAACGGCUGUCGAGAGCCUCCCUACCCCUCCAUCCUCACAGAUGCCACCAUGGAGAAACUGGCUCUCACCAAGUUUGUCUGUCAGGAAACCCACUGUGAGGUCUCUGAGGUCAACAUCUGUCUGUACUCCCUGGUGCACUGGGAGGACCCCAUGGACAUGGGCGUGGCCACCCAGCCGUCCGGCUGCGUUGAGUCGGGCAGCACCAAGGAAGGGCCCCUCUUCUACCGGGCCGGAACCACCUACCUGGGAAAAGAGCAGUGGAAGAGUUGCUACCUGGUGCUCAGUAAAGGCAUCCUGUACCAGUACCCUGAGAGGACCGACGUGACCCCGCUCCUAUCCAUCACCAUGGGCGGGGAGCACUGCGGGGGCUGUCGGCGCUCCAACAGCACCGAGCGUCCGCACGCCUUCCAGGUGAUCCUGACGGACCGCGCCCCUCUGGAGCUGAGCGCCGACAACGAGCAGGACAUGGCCGACUGGAUGCAGCUGCUGUGCCAGUCCGUCUCAAAAGGGGUGAUUCCACAAGGUGUCACACCUUCGCCCUGUAUCCCUUGCUGCCUCGUGGUGACAAAGAGGAAGUUGCUGACGUGCCACCAGGACUGUCAGACGAGUUUCUUCCGCUCGCUGGGCGCUGCCGAGCUGUGUGAUAUCACCGCUGUGUGUCUGGAGGACGAUAAGGAGUACUGUGUGAUUGAGUUUUCUGUGGAGCGGGCCCAGUUCCUCCCUCCCUGGGUGCUGUACUUCAGUGGCUGUGAGGAGAGAGAUCGCCUCCUAGAGGCACUAGAUGUGGCCUGGAAAGACAUCUUCCAGGUGUGUCUGCCGCGGAAGGCCGUGUCGGAGCCGUCGGUGCAGAAGCGCUGUGGCGAGGCGCUGGCUCUCAUCCACAGCGCGUGGCAGCGCAGCGACAGCCUGGCCAGGGGGCGCUUCCAGAGGGAGCCCUGGUGCUGAGCGCUAACCCCCACCAACAAACACCGGGUCAACCACCAACCCCCAGCCCCCCCCAGCCCCAACCCCAGCCCCAGGGAGCAACAGACUCUCCCAUGGGCCCGCAGCGCUGAUUGACUCUCAAGGACUCGCGGCUGCUGUCGGUGUUAGCUUUCUGUGGCUCUAGGCGGGACUUUGUUUACACUUCUUCGGCCUUGCACAAAUAUUCAGGCUUAUGUUCAGCUUAACGUUACCGCGAGGGACGAAGGGUCACGAGGCUAGGGGUCAGAGAAUGAGACACACACACGCCCUCUGUGCAACUUGCUCUGCGAACAAAUCUCGAAGUCUUGUUUGAACAUUUUAACCACCAUCCUAAUUGCACCUAAGUGUAAAUAUGUACAUUCGACUGAUGUAUCCUAAAGUGUACGGAGUCCAGAUGGUGGAUGGCUUUUUUGCUAUUUGGCCGCCUUUUACCUUUAUUUGGUCUGCUUGCUAAUAUUGUCACCUCACAUGAUGCCCAUUCUACACUCACAAGUACUUACUUGUUGCAAGUGUUUGGUAGUCGAUGAGGUUUGAGCAGCGGGAAGGACGUUGAGGGCGGUGUAUGGUGUGCCACAAUGGUCAUGUGUAUUCUGCUGCUUUUUCAAGCAGUUAGAAAAGGACUUUUGUCAGACACACAGGGCAUACAACAGACACUCAGAUAUUAGAGACAGAAGACACAAUGAGAGAGUAUCCUUGUAUACAGCUAAUUGCAAGAUUGCACAUUUCUUUGAACUUUCUCUCCUUUUAUGUAUUUCUUUUGAACUAACUGGGUGAUGCUGUGUGUGUACGUGUGUGUGUGUGUGUGUGUGUGUGUGUGUGCGUGUGUGUGUGUUUGUUUGAAUGUGGUUUUCAGCAUUUACAGUAUGUGUGUCUGAACAUAUGUACAGCAUGUCUUUGUUGGCUUAUUUUAAACUCUGUCUACACACAGGAAGGCAGAGUAGGAAGCAGUUGCUACAUAGGCGUGUCUCUCGGUUUGCUUUGUUUUCCCUCAAAUAUUCAACAUAUCAGGCUAACGUACGACUCUCAUCUGCUUAUGUAGUAUGGAGUAUUGAGUAGUUAAGGGUAAGGUUUGAUGGUGGGUGUAUGUUUUGUGCGAAGGCUAAGUAAAUCAUGGCACCACAAUCAAUGCCAGUAAGAUUUGGAAUCACGUUAGUAGGCUGCUGAUAGUUUGUGAGCAUUACAGUAUGUAUAUGAUAUGGAUCUGUAGUUAUGUAUUAAAAUGUAAAAGAGGUACUCUUCGUCAGUCUCCUGCACUGCAUGUUAACUGCACUAUAGCGGAGGCAGAAACUUGCUUUGGGGCAGCCGUGGCCUACUGGUUAGCAGUUCGGACCUGUAACCGGAGGGUUGCCGGUUCGAACCCCGACCAAUAGGCACGGCUGAAGUGCCCUUGAGCAAGGCACCUAACCCCUUACUGC